AUGUCUGGAAAGGUGGCUGUUGGCAAUGACAUCGGGCAGGCCCGCCAGGCAGUGGAGCAGCUGCGGAUGGAGGCAGGCAUCCAACGAGUGAAGGUGAAAGUCAGGGCGGUAUGGACAGCAGGGAGAUGAGGUGGGCACACGUGGGCCAAGAUGGAUGACUGGCUUGGUCUGCAGGUGUCCAAGGCAGCUGCCGACCUGCUCCAGUUCUGCAUGGAGCAGGCCAAGAGUGACCCCUUCCUCGUGGGCAUCCCAGCUGCCACCAACCCCUUCAAGGAGAAGAAGCCUUGUGCCAUCCUAUGA